GCCGUGAAUGGUGUAUAUUUUGAGGGGAACUACAUAUCAACAACAAAAAAAAGGAGAUACCAUUGAUAACAAUAACAAGAAAAAGUAGACCAGUUCUGUAUUGGCUAACAAUAAUCUUUUAUAGCCAUCACCGCCGGUGCCAACUAUGAUCACAACUAUAAACCAAUUAAUAAAGCAAUGCAUUCGUUACGGACGUCACAACCGUCAGUACCGGCGCUGUCCGACAAAAAUGUCGACCAAAUCGGUGCCCAACAGCACCACAUUAGCACAGCUUUCUAUAUUACUAGUCCUUUAUAUUUCGACAAUCAUAUCACCCGUCCAAUCAUUAGCUCAUCCAUUAAAACAUCAGAUACACAAACACAUGAGCGAAGAUGAUCUCCGCUAUGUUUUUCAAGUUGAGUCACAUAAUGAUGUGCCUGAAUAUGACGUGACAAAUGUGCGGCUCAUAAACAAGCGAUCUGUGAGUGAUUUGUCUUCAACGAUGACCGGCAAUGAGUUAUCACCGAAACAAAUCCAUUUGAAGGCUUUUGGCCGCAAAUAUAAACUCAAUCUCCAAAAGAAUAGUGAUUUCAAUGAUAGAGUUAAAGACAUGAAAGUGUUUAUGGCUGAAACCACUGGCAAUGGAAAGUUGCGCUACAGUCAGGUGCCCUCAACUGGCUAUGAGAAAACCCGUAAUAUAGGGACGACAUAUCACGACAAGUCAAAUAUGGCAGCAGUUUUAGUCGAUCACAAUCCGGAUGGAAGUAUCCAAUUGCACGGGACUAUUGGUAAUGAUUUAGUCAUACGACCAGUUCCUCAAACUGUCAGUUUAGACAACACUGAAUAUCUUCAAUACGAUGGCAAUGACAAUGAAGACGACGAGAUGUUCUUAGAUGAAGAAGAGAUCAUCGACUCUUCAAAUAAUCAGACGAGUAAUAGUCGACCAAACAAUACAACUACUCGUAUGUCAUUACCAUCAUUGAAGAAAAUAAGUGGUGGAAAGGGAACUAAAAGUAGUUAUUUAAAUUCAACUAAUAUUGGAAACACUCAUUUUGUGUACAAACGAAAUGAUACCUUUGAUCCCAAAUAUAGUUAUCACUCGGACUACUUGGAAAUGGAGCCCCAUUUCAAUCAUAAUACGACUGAUCCAUUGAUCAACUCAACGACAAGUCAUCGUAGAAAUAAACGUCAGGCGCCAAACACCGUGUGGCCAGAGGUACUACUCGUGGUUGACUACGAUUCAUACAUAUUACACGGCGGCACCAGUCGUGAUGUGAAACGUUAUUUCAUCAGUUUCUGGAACGGUGUUGACCUCCGCUACAAACUGUUAUCUCAUCCACAGAUUCGGGUCAGUUUGGCCGGUAUGAUAGUCGCUAAGGACAGGGAUGCAACACCUUAUUUAGAGCGAAAUAGAUUGCGGUCUCCUAAUGCCGAUGCUGUGGACGCGGCCGGUGCUUUGACCGAUAUGGGAAAGUAUUUAUAUAGAGAAGACCGGUUACCUACGUAUGACUUGGCAGUAGUCAUCACCAAACUAGACAUGUGUCGACGUCGUUUUGAGGGCGGCCGAUGCAAUAGAGGUACGGCUGGUUUUGCUUAUGUCGGCGGUGCCUGUGUUGUCAAUAAACGACUUGAAAAAGUCAAUUCUGUGGCAAUCAUUGAAGAUAGCGGUGGAUUCAGUGGUAUUAUAGUGGCUGCACAUGAAGUCGGACAUCUUCUCGGUUGUGUCCACGACGGCUCACCCCCUCCUAGUUAUUUGGGUGGUCCGGGUGCCACUAGAUGCCCCUGGGAGGAUGGAUUUAUUAUGAGUGAUCUCAGACAUACCGAACGGGGUUUUCGUUGGUCUUCCUGUAGUGUCGAACAGUUUAAGCACUUUUUAAAUGGAGAGACAGCCACAUGUCUGUACAACUUUCCACAUGAGAACCAACUGUUGCCGCGAGUAUUGCCGGGAACUAUGCUGUCAUUGGAUGAACAGUGCAAAAGAGACAGAGGAACUAAUGCUUGUUUUAAAGACGCCCGGGUUUGCGCUCAACUCUUUUGCUUUGAUAGCGCCUCCGGCUAUUGUGUUUCCUAUCGACCCGCAGCUGAGGGCUCACCCUGUGGUGAUGGACAGACUUGUCGUAACGGUAAAUGUUUGGCAGAGAUGGAGAAUAUAAUUCCCGAUUACACACACGUGACACAAACGGUUAGUCGAGUACCGGCGCCAAACACCGACCGAAUACUUUCCCGAUCAGACACUUCAUCUGGUAGUCGAAGACAAACACGUCUAAGGAGUCGUCAGGGUUUAACUCGAAGUGCCAGUCCUUAUCUGAGAAUGGCUGUACCGACUAAUGAAUCACCACAAGUGGCGAUUCCAGAUAAUAAAGACAACGAUGACGUCAACAAUAAUACUAAUGAUAAUAAUAGCACAACAAAUGGUCCGACAAUUCAACAAACAGUUGACUGUCUUAAUAGUGUUCAACGAAUGGCCGGAUCACUGACUUGUACUCAAUUUUUAGAGAGAUUUGGCGAUAAAUAUUGUAAACACGAUUACAUUAAACGAAACUGUUGUGCAUCUCAUCAACUAAUGUGCACCAAAUCAUCGCCCGAUUCAUAG